AUGGCCGCUAAUGUAGGGUCCACGCGACCCAAUAUCAUCUUCAUUAUGGCCGAUGACCAUGCCUCGAAGGCCAUCUCCUGCUACGGAGCUGGAAUCAACCAAACGCCAAACCUCGACCGGAUCGCCAACGAGGGAAUGCGCUUUGAUCACUGUUAUGUCACCAACAGUAUCUGCACACCAUCGCGAGCAGCCAUUCUGACUGGCACGCACAACCAUGUCAAUGGCGUGAUGUCCCUCCAUUCCAAAAUCCAACGCCACACUCCGAACGUCGCGAAACAACUCCGAGGUGGUGGCUACCAAACCGCCAUGAUCGGCAAGUGGCAUCUGGGGGAGGGGAAAAUGCAUGAGCCCACUGGAUUUGAUUUUUGGUCCAUCCUCCCCGGCCAAGGCGAAUAUCAUGACCCCGAGUUCAUUGGUCCCGAUGGUACACAAGUCAUGGAAGGAUACGCUACGGAUAUCAUUACAGAUAUGACUCUCGAUUUCAUCAAAGGCCGAGACCAGUCCAAGCCAUUCUUCGUCAUGUGCCACCACAAAGCACCGCAUCGGAGCUGGGAAUACCAGGAGAAACACAAGGAUCUGUACCAAGAUCCCAUCCAGCUACCGGACACCUUCUCGGAUGACUACAAAAAUCGUGCAAAGGCGGCCGCGAUCGCGAAAAUGCGAGUCUCGGAAGACUUGUCUUACAAGGACCUUGGCCUGGCGCAGCCUGAUGGUGAUCGGAGAAAGGUCGGAGAGAAGAUGGCCGGUGGUAUGCGGAAGGUUCCCUCGCCUUCCACAGACGAGGAAGUUCGACUGAUGAGGCUCAUUGACAAUGAAGACGGCACCGUCUUCCGGUUUGAAUCCAAAAAGGAACUGGCUGAGUUCAAGUUCCAGCGUUACAUGCAACGGUAUCUCCGUACCGUUCAGAGCGUGGAUGACAAUGUCGGCCGGAUCUUCGAACUGCUCGAUUCGGAUCCGGAGUUGGCCGAUAACACCAUUGUCGUCUAUACAUCGGAUCAAGGCUUCUUCCUUGGUGAACACGGAUGGUUUGACAAGCGAUUCAUUUAUGAAGAGAGUUUCCAAAUGCCGUUGAUGAUUCGGUAUCCCAAAGAAAUCAAGCCUGGCACUGUUUGCAGUGACAUUGUCUGCAAUGUGGAUUUCGCGCCCACAUUUUUGGACUUCGCCGGCAUCACCACGCCGACCUACAUGCAGGGCCGAACCUUCCGCUCAAUUUUGGGUGGCAAUUGCCCUGCCGAUUGGGACCAGCUGGCGUAUCACAGAUACUGGAUGCAUAACGACGCCGAACACGAAGCUUACGCGCACUACGGAGUGCGCAAUCAUCGAUACAAGUUGAUUUACUGGUACAACGAUGAUUUGCUCGUUGAUGGAGCGCGGCCCGGCGGCGAGGAUUGUCGUGAAUGGGAGUUGUUUGACUGUCAGGAGGACCCGCUCGAGUUGUUCAAUUGCUACGCGGAUCCGAAGUAUGCGGAAGCCGUGGUUGAAAUGACGAGAUUAUUGGAGAGGAAGAUGAUGGAGAUCGGGGACGAACCCGCGCAUGAGAAACUUGUUCAAUAG